CGUUUGGUGUGUAGCGACACCACGGACCCGAGCUAACGGGGGGUUUCGACCCCUCCCACGCCUAGCCGUGCGUGGCUUUGCCGUGUCCGGGGAAAAGGGGAUCCUGGGGGUUGAGCCGACGCUGGGUGAUUGGACCUUUAAGGCCCCCCGGCAGAGGCAACACACCCCUUUGGCCCCGGCUUCACGUAGACGGCACCCCUGGGCUGACCCACCCAGGGGAAAUCGGCAGUCGCCUUUUCCUAUCUCUCUCCCCCUAAUCUUCGUCUUUAUCUCUCACUUUUUAUCUGUCCUGUCAUCUUCUCUCUUCCGUUUACUUCCAAAUUUCUUGGCGGCGAGGGUUAACCUGGUGUAGCUAUCCAACCUAGGGUAAUUAUAACAGGUUAUAGCGGCGAUGUAUGGCUGGCGUCUCCAAGUGUUUGCUUUCAACCUUGUAGCGUCCCCUUGUUGGGCUCGGUGGUGGGUGGCCACCAUCGCCGCCGAAUUUUACAGUAUUUUUAUGGCAAAAGCUUUCCCCCCCCUUCCUGAUCGCUCCCUGAAAAGGGGGCGCACCGAAGACACUUUCCUGCUUAACACACCAAAGCCGACAUUCCCAAAGUACCAUGUUAUCCACAGCCAGAACGAAAAGAAGACAGUCCGAGCGAUUUCACCCUUCCUCGUGUCGAAAACUCUCACAGAAGCAAUAGGCCCAGGUUAUAAAGUGACAAAGAUGGGAAGUGGCGAUCUUCUUCUGGAGGUUCGUGACAAAGCUCAGUAUGAGAAGCUGUCUAAACUUGUAGCGUUUGGGGAAACCCCUGUUUCGGUGGGCCCACACAGGUCAAUGAACACUGUCCGUGGCGUAAUUUCCGAUGAUGAUCUUACUGAACUCUCUAAAAGUGAACUGCUCGAAGGUUGGCAGGACCAGAACGUGGUCAAAGUCCAACGAAUAAUAAUAAGGCGCAACAACAAACAGACCCCUACAAAACACGUAAUAAUUACCUUCGGAACCAGUGACCUACCAGAAUCAAUCGAAACCGGCUAUUGUAAGCUCCGUGUAAGACCAUACAUCCCCAACCCUCGUCGAUGUUUCAAGUGUCAACGUUUCGGUCAUGGAUCGCAGAGUUGCAGAGGGCGUGCCACUUGCGCAAAGUGUGCAUCCAUUCAACACAUAUCCGACGACUGCACCUCAGAAACAACUCAUUGUUCGAACUGUGGAGGAGAUCACGCUGCCUACUCACGAUCAUGCCCCACAUGGAAAAAAGAGAAACAAAUAGUAGAACUUAAGGUCAAAUUCAAUCUGUCAUUCCAAGAAGCACGUCAACGUUUCGCACUACACAACCCAUCCUAUCCCUCCUUCGCAGAUGUGACGCGCCGGGGCGCCGCGCCACAUGUUUCUGCACCCGCGAAUGUCACACAGAGUGUGGCCGCGGUCGUGCCACCAGCGCCCCCGGCUGGAGCAGCCUGUACUGCUCCGCCACCUGACAAACAGGGUCGGCAGACCCCCGUGUCUGCUGAACCUCGGACCACUGCAAGCGCAGCUAGGUCCGAAAGUUCUGUGACCGUGCCUGCCGAGCAGGCACCAUCCGCCACCUCACAAGAGGUGAUGGAUACAAGUCCCACUCCUCCGGCGCCUGAGACGCCGAAGGAGAGGCGCAGCUCCUUGGAGCGCACUAAAAAAGAAAGACUGCGCAUUACAGGGCCCCCUAAGGACCCUGUAAUCUAAGGCAACACUUUUUU